AUGGAGUCAGCCAGUAACCCCAAGAGGGCUCGCUUUGCUGAGCGCCGUAUUAUAUGGCUGAAGAACGUUAGCGACUGGUUUGAAGUCAUCAGUCCCACUAUUGAGCAGGUUUUCCGAAAACUGAGCUGGUCCGACAGCCCUGUUACCGUGACGAUGUGGUUGUUUGACUGCCGACAAAGGCUGGUGCCUCGCUUGCUGUAUCCAGAGGUUGAUUUGCACGAGUAUGAUCCGCUGCCCUUGUUCAAUCCUUUCAGUGCUAGGAAAAUCUCCCUCCAGGAAUGGGAGCACGACCAGGAAGGCGCCAGGUACAGCCCAAAGGAGUUUUCUAUGCUUCCAGAUCUUAUCGAGGGCUAUCGGAAAAAGUACGGCCAACGCACCCUCAAUGUCCGGUGGAGGGGGUCUCAAUAUGCCGACCAAUGGGAUAAGACGAAGGAUCUUCUCCUUCGCUGCGGAUGGGAGAUAUUGCACUGGGAGGAGAAGAGGCGAACGCCUUGUGCGGAGCCAGAAGUGUUUUAUAUAUUGUGA